AUGGUGGUUCGAGAAAGAAAACAGGAAGUGACAACGGCAGUGGCGACCAAAACCUGUGUCCAGCAAGUGAACGGCACUACAGAGGUGACGACGACGACGAGGUGCGACUACGAGCGAGUCACACUGCCUCGGUCGGUGCACGGCCCACAGCACGUCGCGACUGAGCUUGUAAUUGCGGUCGGUCGAUCCACGAAAUGGUUUGUUUAUAAUUUGCCCAUGAACAAAACCGGUCAUCGUCACAGCAUGCGUAGCGACCGGUGUUGA